AUGGAUGAAGCAGGCAUCAUGGAAGGACUUGGGGAGAAUGGCCUGGUCGUUGGCAGUGCUGAAAAACGAUCUGUACAAAAGAAGACGCCUGGUUCUCGGGUCUGGACGUCGUUCAUCGAGUGCGUGUCCGCUGCCGGCACCUUCCUCCCUCCACUCGUCAUUUUCAAGGGCAAAUCGGUCCAGCAACAGUGGUUCCCAGAAGAUCUCAGUACUUUUAGUGACUGGCAAUUCACUGCGACAAAGAACGGCUGGACUUCGGACCAAACUGCGGUGGAGUGGCUCGAAAAGGUGUUCAUUCCAAGAACCCAGCCACCCGACCCUUCGGAGCGAAGACUGCUAGUAUUGGACGGCCACGGAAGUCACGAGACGGUUGACUUCAUGUAUCUAUGCUACCAGCAUCAGAUUCACCUUCUUUUCUUACCUCCCCAUACCUCUCAUGUGCUGCAACCGCUCGAUUUGUCUGUCUUCUCCGCUCUUAAGCACUACUACCGCAAACAGGUCGGAUUUCUCAGCCUCCUGACCGAUUCAAGCCCAGUCGGCAAGCAAAACUUUCUUUCCUGCUACCAGAAAGCACGCGAGCAAGCGCUCACUGUGUCAAACAUCAAGGGUGGCUGGAAAGCGACGGGUUUGUGGCCGCAACAGACGCAAAAGAACGCGAAAAAUGUGGCCAAUGCAUUCAAUAGCCACUUACCCACCAGUGACUGGCAAUCAGACACAUCCCAGAUUGCGUGGUCGACCCCGAGGCGCUCGCAAGAUCUGAAGGUUCAGGUAGUUCAAUUCAACCAGCUAGACGACGACGUGCCCACGAAGAGAUUGCUGUUCAGGAAGAUCACAAAGGGUUUGACGAGAAGGAUGGCCUUUAGCAAAAGCUCAAUUGCAGAUUCAGGCACUGGAAACACAAUUGGCGGCCGUCAAGCCGAAAAAAAGGAAGAGGGUGGUCACGAGCCCGAAUUCGAGGUUCGCCAAUAUUGA